UUCCAUUUCUCCUCUUCAAAUCACAUACGCCAAUCCAUCUCUCUCCGCCGUCGCCGUCGCGUUUUCCGAUCAUGACGGACAAUGAAAACUCAGUUCGAGUCACUCGCCUUACUAGAAAGAGAGCGGCGGAAGCAAUGUCUGUAAAAGACGAUUCUCAGCCAGCAAUGAAGAAGAGAGUACCUCUCACUGAGAUUUCAAACCUAUCGAGUAUUCCGUCAACUAAAGAUCUCGAUUCAGAACCUCCGAAGAAGAAAUGCAGGACGAGGAGGACAGUUAAGAGAUCUGUAGUCUCUGAAGAGAAAUCAGAACAAACAAUCGAAGAUCCGCAGCUGUGCGAAGCUUACGCUACUGAUAUCUAUGAUUAUCUUCAUAGAAUGGAGGUUGAGACUAAACGAAGACCAUUACCAGACUAUAUUGAUAAGAUUCAAAAGAAUGUAACCGCUACAAUGAGAAGUAUUUUAGUGGAUUGGUUAGUUGAAGUUGCUGAAGAGUACAAGCUUCAAUCUGAUACACUCUAUCUAUCUGUCAAUUACAUUGACAAAUACUUAUCAAUUAACAGUAUCCAUAGACAAAGACUUCAAUUGCUUGGCGUAUCUGCUAUGUUAAUUGCAUCCAGAAAGUUUGAAGAGAUUAAUCCACCGAAAGUUGAUGAUUUCUGUUAUAUUACUGAUAAUACCUACAAGAAGGAAGAUGUUGUGGAUAUGGAAGCUGAUAUACUUAAGUCUCUUAACUUUGAAAUCAGCAGUCCAACAAUCAAGACUUUUCUUAGAAGAUACACCAGGAUGGCUGAAGAUGAUCAGACAAUUCAAAACUUGCAAUGUGAAUUUUUGGGAUGUUACUUGGCUGAGCUAAGUUUAGUAGAUUAUGACUGUGUGAAGUUUUUACCAUCUAUGAUUGCUGCUUCUGUUAUCUUCCUUUCAAAAUUCACAUUGAGCCCAAAUAAGCAUCCAUGGACUGUAAGCCUUCAAAAGUGUUCGAGAUACAAACCUGCUGAUUUAAAAGAAUGUGUUCUUAUCAUUCAAGAACUUCAGUUGAGUAAAAGAGGAGCAACUUUGGUAGCAAUUAGAGAGAAAUACAAUCAACAUAAGGUAAAACUUUUAACUUUUAACUCUCUUUGAACUGUUUUUAGUUUUGGAAUUGGAAAGGUAAAGAGAAAAUGUUGUUUUUACAGUUCAAAUUUGUUGGGUCGUUGAAGAGUCGUGCUGAAAUACCCGGUUCAUAUUUCGAGGAAGAAAAUGUUGGGUUGAUGGAGUGAUGUUUGAUUCUUGAAAUUUUGUUCUUCGACUACUAAUGGCUGCCAUGAUUUUGCAAGCUGCUACAAUGCUGACUGGUAACAUUUUCUGUAAUGUUAUGUUUUUGGUAUAUAAGAAAUUAGGAAAUGAAUGAAGAAUAUGAAGUGGUAGUAGUAGUAGAAGUAGAAGAAUAGAAAUUUAAGGGGUUUUGAAUUGUUAUGCUUUUGUUUUUGGUUUAUUAAUCUAGGGUUAGAUUGCUUUGAAUACCAUUAACUAUUGCAUUGGUUAGUUGAUGUGUUUAUUGUUAAUGGUUUAAAGAUUAAUCUAAUUAUCCUUAACACUUUUAGUAACAUCUCUUUUAUUUAUGUAUUUAUGAA